CAUCUUUCUCUCUUUCAAGAAAGGAGAUUGGAGAGGGAAAUGGCGUCCAUCUCUUGUACAAUCUCUCAUCUUCAAUUCCAAUCAUCAUUGAAUCUCAACCGUCCAUUUCUUGGGAUUAGAAAGAGGCUUGGAUGGUUCAGAUCUCCAAGUAUUGGGCUGAAAACAGUCCCCAGCUCUCAUUCGAGGGCCAGAUGCUGGUUCCGGUUCGGAAAGAACGGUGUAGAUGCCGAAGGCGCUGGAAUCUACGGUAGCCAGACCCGCGAUGAUUUUGAUAGGGAUGACGUCGAGCAGUAUUUCAAUUACAUGGGGAUGCUUGCUGUGGAGGGUACAUAUGAUAAACUGAAUGCUCUUCUAAGACAGAACAUCCACCCAGUAGAUAUCUUGUUGAUGAUGGCCGCCUCGGAGGGCGACAAACCAAAGAUCGAAGAGCUGUUGAGAGCCGGAGCGAGUUACAACGUCAAGGACGAAGAUGGGCGGACUGCACUUGAUAGAGCGGCGAGCAAUGAGAUCAAGGAAUUCAUGCUUGGCUUUUCAGUCCAGAAUGCUUAAUUAUCUUUCUAUCUAUCUUUGCUGUGGCAUUAUAUAUACUUGGGUAGAUGUAGUUGAGAUAUUUGGGUUCAUUGCCGCUGUAAAUACAUGUUAGAGUGGUUUGGAUCAUCAAA